AUGCCGACGUUCGUACUUAGAUCCAAUCCUACCGUGCCGUUCAUAAGCGUCCGCGUUCAAAACGAGCGCGACGACUUGAAUAUCUUCUGGCGAGCAGCAGGCAGGCUUGGCACCCUUAGGAGCACCUCGGAGUGCAGAGGAGCCUUCGUCGUCGUCGUUGUCGUUGGGGAAAACGGUCGCGGGAUUCUGGACAAGAUGCGGGCGAGAAGCAAGCUGCUCGUUUGUGCAAUGGAAACUGGCAACGGCCGAGGCCGGCUGUCCUCAUCGCACUGGCUGUUCGGCCUGCUGGCCUGGGCCAGCUCAAGUGGCUCCGUUACCAAAUCGCGAGACCGCUCGCCGAAUUUUGACAUCACCGUAGGGGCCCUUAGGCAGACCUUCGUGAAGGUGGACUGGGACUGGAUCUCCAUGCCUGAUGUCCUGCUGAUCCUCGUCCUCGCAUUCCUAGUUUCCGUCAGCGCCAGCACGCGAGGAUCUUGCUUCAAGUCCUGGAAAGAAGACAACAUUGCCAUGUUGCUCCACGGCAAUGCACAGCAAGCCGGACGACGAUUUCUCCGCGCUACCUAA